AUGGGUAUCGAACUAUUUACACACUGGUUAGAUCGGCCCUUGGUCGACAGCAUACUAAACACCAUCGUGUGGGUCUUAAUUGUCUUGGCCACAAUUGCAGAUGGCAUCAUACUCCUCAGCUUGGCCGGUGUCGCGAUAUGGAGUUCGGUUCUCGCAAUUUGCGCCUGGGCUGGUCCUAUAAUGAUUGUGAUCGGCAUUGUGGUUGCUCUUGUCAGCUGGAUCGUCUCCUUGGUCAGAGGACCGCCACUCUCACCUUUGGAGACUUGGAUCAAAAAGUAUGGCCAUACUUUUGUGAGUUCUUUGGAUACCCCGCCGGCGAACCGGCUUGAAUGGUCGUGGAGUAGGGUGGGCACAAAUCGUUUUGACAUCGUCGGCAAAAAUACUAGCAAGGCUACGGUCACCAUCAGCACCAUUGAGACAAAUUUCACUUCAGGCGGCUCCGACGGUACGCUAUUCAAGGGGGUCGGACCUUUCAAGCAAGGAACCAACGCAGGCGACCUCGAUUCUGUUGUCAUGAGGAACAUAGGCUUGGCUAGCGACAGCCAGAUCAGGCUCGCAGUUACAUCUGGUAGUGCUCAGCAGGGCAUCUCAGCAACGCAGAGUACUGUCUUACAAUGGCUGGUCAAGGUAGAUGCCAAUGGAAAGGACUUGGCUGUGCCAGCAGAUGCGUCGGUCACGCUAUCGCUGGGGGGCACGUUCAAUGGCAGCGACAAAUACUCUCUCAUAGUAACGGAAACCUUCGGAACUAUAACUACGAAGACUGCUACAGAAGAUGGUAAGUCGAGGCAGGUUGUGGAGAUUUCCAGUGAUAACACCACUACGGAGCUUGUGCUUGAAAAGAGUUGA